UGCUGGCUCUUCACGCCGUGCUGCUCGGUGUGUGUGGAGGGGUCUCUUGGCUGUCCUCUGACUGCUGCUGCUGCUGUGUCUCUUAAAACAGUGAGGGAGAAAAAAAGGCUUCACCACCCCUUUGUGUGCAAGAAGGAUUUGACAGCAUGGCGUUAAACUUCACCAUCAACACGAGCAAUCCGCCUUUAGGAGCGCUUCUGGCAGCAGAGCAUGUGAAGGGCAGCGUCCAGGUAUCAGUGGAGGAAGGCAAAGACACCCAGCUUCAUGUCUCAGAUGCGAUCCAGUUCAACGAUGCUAACUCCAUCAGCCGCUACUUGGCUCGGGUGGCUCCUUCUCUUGGCCUUUAUGGAGCCAACAUGAUGGAGCAGACUGAGGUCGACCACUGGUUGGAGUUUAGUGCUCGGCGUCUGUGUGGUCAGCCUGGUUUGACUGUGGCACUGGGUGAACUGGAUAAGGCCCUUUCCCUGCGGACCUUCCUGGUUGGACAUGCCAUCACCCUGGCUGAUCUUUCUGUCUGGGCUGCCCUUAAAGGGCACAAGGAAUGGCCCAAUCAGGGCAAAUCAUUCUCCCACGUCAAUCGCUGGUUCUCCUUCCUGAGCUCACAGGUUCCUUUCUCUUCUGUGGGAAACAAGUACACCACAAAGAAAGCUCCAAUGACCAAAUCCAAUUCGGAUGAGAAGAAGCAGGAUGUUGGCAAGUUUGUGGAUUUGCCCGGAGCUGAGAUGGGCAAAGUGGUGGUCCGAUUCCCCCCUGAGGCCAGCGGAUACCUGCAUAUCGGUCACGCCAAGGCCGCUCUGCUCAACCAACACUACCAGGUCACAUUUAAAGGCAAGCUUAUCAUGCGCUUUGACGACACCAACCCCGAGAAAGAAAAGGAGGACUUCGAGAAGGUGAUUCUGGAAGAUGUUGCCAUGCUCCAGAUCCAUCCAGACCAGUUCACCUACACCAGCGACCAUUUCCCCACCAUAAUGAAGUUUGCUGAAAAGCUGCUUUCUGAGGGCAAGGCCUACAUCGACAACACGCCUCCUGAGCAGAUGAAGCAGGAAAGGGAUCAGCGCGCUGAGUCCAAAUGCAGAAAUAACACGGUGGAACAGAACAUGAAGAUGUGGUCAGAGAUGAAAGCUGGGACGGAGUUUGGUCAGACCUGCUGCAUGAGGGCCAAGAUCGACAUGAGCUCCAACAACGGCUGCAUGAGAGACCCUACCCUCUUCCGCUGCAAGAACACACCCCACCCUCGCACUGGAAGCACCUAUAAAAUCUACCCAACAUAUGACUUUGCCUGUCCAAUCGUAGACAGUUUGGAGGGUGUGACACAUGCUCUUAGGACCACCGAGUACCACGAUCGUGACGAGCAGUUCUACUGGAUAAUCGAAGCCCUGGGCCUCAGGAAGCCUUAUAUCUGGGAGUAUGCCCGACUCAACCUCAACAACACAGUACUGUCCAAGAGGAAGCUCACUUGGUUCGUCGACCAGGGAUACGUCGAUGGAUGGGAUGACCCUCGCUUCCCCACUGUCAGAGGAGUCCUGAGGAGAGGAAUGACUGUUGAUGGUCUGAAACAGUUCAUAGCAGCCCAGGGUGGAUCAAGAUCAGUCGUGAACAUGGAGUGGGACAAGAUCUGGGCCUUCAAUAAGAAGGUUAUUGACCCGGUAGCUCCCAGGUACACCGCUCUGUCCAGUUCAUAUGUGGUUCCUGUUUCUGUCGCAGAGGCUAAAGAGGAGAACAAGGAAGUGGCCAAACACCCUAAGAAUGCAGAUGUGGGCAUGAAAGAGGUUUGGUAUGGACCUCGGGUUCUUGUUGAAGGAGCCGAUGCUGAGACGUUCACAGAGGGAGAGAUGGUCACGUUCAUCAACUGGGGCAACCUCAUCAUCACCAAGAUCAACAAAGGGGCUGAUGGUAAGGUCGUGUCCAUGGAGGCUCGCCUGAACCUGGAGAACAAAGACUUCAAGAAGACGACAAAGAUCACAUGGCUGGCUGACACAAACAGCGCCCCCCUGCUGCCCACCAUCUGCGUCAACUACCAGCCUCUCAUCUCUAAGGCUGUCAUCACCAAAGAUGACGACUUCAAAGACUACAUUAAUAAAAACAGCAAGUUGGAGGAGAAGAUGCUUGGCGAUCCCUGUCUGAAGAACCUGAAGAAAGGAGACAUCAUCCAGCUCCAAAGACGAGGCUUCUACAUCUGUGACCAGCCCUAUGAGCCAGUUAGUCCUAACAGCUGUAAAGAGAGUCCCUGUGUCCUGCUCUACAUUCCUGAUGGACACGUCAAGGAGAUGCCAACUGCUGGAUCCAAGGACAAGAGCAAGAGCCAGGCCUCCAGCAACACAUCUGCCGCCCCUGCCAAGGUUGCCUCAGCCUCUGCCCCUGCUCCUGCCUCAACCUCAGCCGGUGACUUGUUCUCGAGCAUUGUAGCACAAGGUGAAACUGUUCGCCAGCUUAAGGUCGCCAAAGCUCCUAAAGACGAAGUGGACAAGGCAGUUCAGCAGCUGCUUUCUCUAAAGGCACAGUUUAAGCAGCAGACAGGUAUAGACUACAAGCCAGGCAUGGCUCCUCCCACCUCUGCUCCAGCCCCGGCCACCACACAAACAGACUCCACCUCCUGCCCGCACGCCCGCGUUUCCCAGCAGGGCGAGGUGGUCAGGAAACUGAAGGCAGAGGGGGCCCCUAAGGACCAGAUUGAUGCAGCAGUGAAGCAGCUCCUCGCUCUCAAGGCGGAGUUUAAAAAGCUCACCGGUCAGGAUUACAAACCAGGGAUGGCUCCUCCUGCACCUGUCUCCUCUGCUUCUUCUCCUGCAUCCACCACUUCCUCCUCCUCUUCCUCCUCUUCUACCUCUUCUUCUUCUGGCCUGUAUGAGCAUGUUGCACAACAGGGUGAAGUGGUCAGGAAACUGAAGGCAGAGAAAGCACCUAAGGACCAGAUUGAUGCAGCAGUGAAACAGCUCCUCGCUCUCAAGGCUGAGUUUAAAAAGCUGACCGGUCAGGAUUACAAACCAGGGAUGGCUCCUUCCUCUCCUGUCUCCUCUAGUCCUUCUCCUGUGACCUCCUCCUCUUCCUCUUCUUCUGGCUUGUAUGAGCGUGUAGCACAACAGGGUGAGGUGGUCAGGAAACUGAAAGCAGAGCAGGCACCUAAGGACCAGAUUGAUGCAGCAGUGAAGCAGCUCCUCGCUCUCAAGGCGGAGUUUAAAAAUCUCACCGGUCAGGAUUACAAACCAGGAAUGGCUCCUCCCACUCCUAUCUCCUCUACUCCUUCUUCUGCAGCCACCACUUCUUCCUCCUCCUCCUCCUCUUCCUCUUCUUCUUCUGACUUGUACGAGCAUGUUGCACAACAGGGGGAGGUUGUGAGGAAACUCAAGUCUGAAAAAGCCCCCAAGGACCAGGUUGAUGCAGCAGUGAAACAGCUGCUCGCCCUGAAGGCAGAGUACAAACAGGCCACAGGCCAGGAGUACAAGCCCGGAGCUGCCCCAGUUCAGAAAGCCCCUGCCCCAGUCCAGAACAGCCCCAGCCCUGCUCCUGCUGCCACCGGCCUGUACGAGAGGGUUGCUCAGCAGGGAGAAAUGGUCAGGAAACUGAAGACUGAAAAGGCCCCCAAGGAUCAGGUAGAUGCUGCAGUGAAGGAGCUGUUGGCUUUAAAGGCAGAGUAUAAACAGCAGACUGGACAGGAUUACAAACCAGGUCAACAAGCCACAGCUAGCCCUGCCCCAGCCCAGUCCAGUGCUUCCUCAGCCCAGUCCAGCUCUUCACCGCAGGCAGAGAGCCUAUUCUCACAGGUGGCCCAACAGGGAGAGUUAGUGAGAAAGUUAAAGUCUGAGAAAGCUCCCAAGGACCAGGUGGAUGAAGCCGUGAAGACUCUCCUGGACCUGAAGACCAAGUACAAGACGCUUACAGGAGAAGAAUACAAACCAGUAGCUGCUGCCGGAGCCACUGGUGGAGAGGACAAAAACCGCAAGGAGAGGGAGAACAAGUCUGAGAAGCAAGGAGGAGGUGGAGGUGGAAAGAAGGGUAAAGGAGACAAAGCCAGCCAGGGCAAGGAGGGCUCUGGAGGAGCAGGAGGCUCUGGAGAGGGUCAAGGUCCCAAGAAACAAACACGGUUGGGUUUGGAGGCCAAGAAAGAGGAGAACCUGGCUGACUGGUACUCUCAGGUCAUCACUAAAGCAGAGAUGAUUGAGUACUAUGAUGUCAGUGGAUGUUAUGUGCUGCGGCCCUGGUCCUACUCCAUCUGGGAGUCCAUUAAAGAAUUCUUUGACCGCGAGAUUAGGAAACUGGGUGUGGAGAACUGCUACUUCCCCAUGUUCGUCUCUCAGGCUGCACUGGAGAAGGAAAAAUCCCACAUUGAAGACUUUGCUCCAGAGGUUGCCUGGGUAACCCGGUCAGGAAAGACUGAGCUGGCCGAGCCCAUUGCUGUCAGACCGACCAGUGAGACAGUGAUGUACCCUGCCUAUGCUAAAUGGGUCCAGUCCCACAGAGACCUGCCAAUCAAACUCAACCAGUGGUGUAACGUUGUGAGAUGGGAGUUCAAACACCCCCAGCCUUUCCUGAGGACAAGAGAGUUCCUGUGGCAGGAGGGACAUACGGCCUUUGCCACCAAGGAGGAGGCAGCUGAGGAGGUGCUUCAGAUCCUGGAUCUGUAUGCCAGGGUGUAUGAGGAACUGAUGGCAAUCCCGGUGGUAAAGGGGAGGAAGACCGAGAAGGAGAAGUUUGCAGGAGGAGAUUACACCACUACCGUGGAGGCGUUCAUCUCUGCCAGCGGCCGAGCCAUUCAGGGUGCUACAUCUCAUCAUCUUGGUCAAAACUUUUCCAAGAUGUUUGAAAUUACUUUUGAGGAUCCAAAGAAGCCAGGCGAGAAACAGCUGGCUUUCCAGAACUCCUGGGGAAUCACAACCAGGACCAUCGGUGUCCUCACCAUGGUCCACGGAGACAACAUGGGACUUGUACUGCCACCCAAGGUGGCCUGCCUGCAGGUUGUCAUCAUCCCAUGUGGCAUCACUGCCUCCCUGCCAGAGCAGGAAAAGGAGGCCCUGAUGGCCCAGUGCUCUAAAUACCAGAGCAGGCUGCUGGGUGCUGACAUCAGGGUGAAGUGUGACCUCCGAGACAACUAUUCCCCAGGAUGGAAAUUCAACCACUGGGAACUCAAGGGAGUUCCUAUCCGUCUGGAAGUGGGUCCUAAAGAUAUGCAGCAGCGUCAGUGCGUCACAGUGAGGAGAGACACGGGUGCAAAGGUGACAAUUCCAGAAGAUGAAGUGGAGAAGAGGAUAGUCGCCAUGUUGGAGGACAUCCAGAAUAACCUGUUCAAGAAAGCUUCAGAUGACCUAAAGAAUAACAUGGUGGCUGCAGACACAAUGGAACAGUUCCAGAAAGAGUUGGACCAGGGCAAGAUCGUCCAGAUCCCGUUCUGUGGAGGAAUUGAAUGCGAGGACUGGAUCAAGAAAACCACUGCCAAGGACCAGGACCUGGAGCCUGGGGCUCCAUCCAUGGGGGCCAAGAGCCUCUGUAUUCCCUUCUCCCCCCUGAAGAAGCUGGAGCCUGGUCAGAUGUGUGUCAGCGGCAAGGAGCCUGCUCAGUAUUACACCUUGUUUGGACGCAGCUACUAAAGACCUGCUCUGCUGGCUGACGGGGAUGAACAUGUAGUUGAAAAGGGCUUCCCUACCUUUUCUCAUCUAUUUCUUCUUCUCUGAUCUCUUGGGGGUGUCUGGGAUAAUAAGAAUAUAAGAGGCGACUGGAUUGUGGGACUUCAAAUGGGAAAAUGCUGUUUUUGUCUAUUUUUUAACAUAUGUUAACAUUAUUAUCCAUCCGUUAACUUUUCCGUUAGUCUCUUACUAUUUUGUUACGAAAAAAGUUGUGCUGUUUUGUGGAAAGUGGAAAGAACACGCCGGCCAGCAGUGCUUUGCAUUAGGAUGGCAAAUGUUAAAUCUUCCCUUUGUGUGGCAGGUAAUAAGUCACAUUUUGGAGUCCUUUCAAAACACGGCAUGUAAAUUGGUAAAAGCUUCUGGUCGAUUUUUGGAAAACCACUUGUGAAUUAUUUUGUUUAACUCCCUCCUUCACUGUCAAAAUCUUGUUUAGUUACUUUAAGUUCCUGUCAGCAUUUAUGAAUUUAGUGGGUUUGGGCCUUUUUGAAAUCUGGAAAAACUCCAAAACAACAAGUAGUGGAAAAAAUGCCUGCAAGGGGGGAAAAAAAGUACUCUUUGCCUGCCAGCAGUCCCAUCUCUUGCAGCCAAACUGUCUCAGGAACUCUGCUGGUACUCAGGCUUGCAGUUGUUAUUGUAACAGCUUUAUCGGCCCUCCUCUCUCUGAACGACUAGUUACAGUAUGUGGCUCAUAGUUCACAGCUUAAUACAAAUUCCUCAGAUCCAUUAAAGCCAGAAUGAUGAAAGCUUUGAUGAACUGUGUACGGUUAACAGCCUGCAAUAUAGCCACCCUCUGUCACCUCUCUCCCAUUAAAGAACUCCUUAUACACCUUGUCUAUAA